AUGGCAUCCGCCGUCACCGAAACCGCACCUACGGUGAUUCCCGUCAUCGAGGACAAGAUUACGUUGACAGGUCUCGCCCGUGAGCCUAUCAAGUCCAAUGGAUCUCUCCAUUCUUUCGAGUCCUUCGAUGUAACUCCGGUCAUUGGACGUGAAUUCCCCAACGCCAACUUGAAGGAUUUCCUGCGCGCCCCUAAUUCCGAUGAUCUGAUUCGGGAACUUGCUUUGACCAUUUCGCAACGAGGAGUAGUCUUCUUUCGUAAGCAAGAUGGAUUAGACAACGAACUGCAAAAGGAGCUUGUCCAACGACUGGGUGAACUCUCCGGCAAGCCAAGCACAUCCGGACUGCACAUCCACCCAGUAGCAAACUCAGGUCGGGAGCACAGCGUCAAAGAUGAUGAGAUUAGUGUGAUCAGCUCCGCAAGCCGGGAAAAGCUGUACAAGGACAGGAACCCGCGAAAGCAGACCGCACGCAGGGAGUGGCACAGUGACAUCACUUUUGAGCCCAUUCCUAGCGAUUAUACUCUCUUGCGUCUCACGGAGCUUCCGAAAACCGGUGGUGACACCCUGUGGGCCUCAGGCUACGAGGUUUACGACCGUAUAUCCGAACCUUACCAGAAGUUCCUGGAGAGCUUGACCGCAACCUAUGCGCAACCCGGCUUCAACGAAGUUGCCAAACGCAAUGAUUUCAGCAUCCACCCUGGCCCUCGUGGCGCACCUGAGAAUGUUGGAGAAGAGCUUAUCGCCGAGCACCCUGUCAUCCGCACCAACCCUGUCACCGGUUGGAAGAGUGUCUUUGCUGUCGGCACGCACGUACAGAAGGUCAACGGUGUCUCCGAGGAGGAGAGCCGCCAUCUUCUUGAAUGGUUUGUGACUCUUAUUGUUGAGAACCACGACCUGCAGGUGCGCAAUCGCUGGGAGAACCCGAACGAUCUAGCUAUCUGGGACAACCGAUCGGUGUACCACGCAGCAACUUGGGAUUAUGACGGGCUUGGUCCACGCACUGGACACCGUGCUGUUGGCCUCGGAGAGAGGCCAUAUCUGGAUCCCAAGAGCACUGGAAGACGCGAGGCGCUGAGCAAGAGCGAAUGA